AUGGGCAUUGUAUGGCAGUCACUACUCGAGAAGGGUAAGCAGAUCAUUGAUCCACCCAUGCCAUCUGAGGUUGAAGUUGAGGUUAGUAAAGAUGAUGAUGAGAUCGAGGCUACUGGAGAGUCUGAGAAUGCUACAGAGAAGGAAGUAGAUAUAACCCAGAAAGUUGUUCCCUUGCCUAGACCUCCACCUCCAUUCCCACAGAGGUUAGUGAAGAAGAUGGAAGAAGGGAAAUACCUUAGGUUUAUUAGUAUGUUGAAACAACUUUCCAUCAAUGUUACGUUGAUAGAAGCCUUGGAUCAAAUGCCUCGUGCUAGUGCUACAAGGUCCCUUGUGCAGAAAAAAGAUGAUCCUGGUGCCUUCACUAUUCUAUGUACCAUUAGGUUAUUGCAUUUUUCUAAGGGGUUGUGUGAUUUGGGUGCUAAUAUUAAUCGGAUGCCAGUGUCCAUUUACAGGAAGUUUGGUUUGGGAGAUCCUAAACCGAUUGUGAUGUGA